UUCAUUUCAUAAUAACACAAAAAAAAAAAUCAUCACAAUUCAAAUCUCAAUUUACUUCAUCCAUUCUCCAAUGGCUCUCGCCGUUACUUCUUCUUCAUCAGUUGCAGCAACAAAAUCAAAUUCCUUCUUCUCUCGUAUCGGAUCUUCGUCUGAAUCCAAAGUUUUGCAAAUUGGUUCAUUACGAGUUUUGGAGAGAAAUGUUUCGUCUGGUGUUUUCAAUUUACCUCAAAGACGUUAUCUGGUGAAGGCUUUGAAUGCUGAAUCGCAAAGGAAUGAUUCAAUUGUUCCUCUUGCAGCAACUAUCGUUGCACCUGAGAUUAUUGAGAAGGAAGAGGAGGAUUUUGAACAAUUAGCGAAGAACCUUGAAAAUGCCUCACCUCUUGAAAUAAUGGACAAGGCGCUUGAGAAGUUUGGCAAUGAUAUUGCUAUUGCUUUCAGUGGUGCUGAAGAUGUUGCUUUAAUUGAAUACGCACAUUUGACGGGCAGGCCAUACAGGGUGUUCAGUCUGGACACUGGGAGACUGAAUCCAGAAACAUACAGAUUGUUUGAUGCAGUUGAGAAGCGCUAUGGUAUCCGCAUUGAAUACAUGUUCCCCGAUGCGGUUGAGGUUCAGGGAUUAGUAAGAACAAAGGGGCUCUUCUCAUUUUAUGAGGAUGGGCAUCAAGAGUGCUGCAGAGUAAGGAAGGUGAGGCCUUUAAGAAGAGCUCUUAAGGGUUUGAGAGCAUGGAUAACUGGACAGAGAAAAGAUCAGUCACCUGGUACUAGGUCUGAAGUUCCGGUUGUUCAAGUUGAUCCAGUUUUUGAGGGAUUGGAUGGUGGGAAUGGUAGCUUGGUUAAGUGGAACCCGGUUGCAAAUGUGAAGGGUAAUGACAUAUGGACCUUCCUUAGGACAAUGGAUGUGCCUGUGAAUGCAUUGCAUGCACAAGGAUAUGUUUCCAUUGGUUGUGAACCAUGCACAAGGCCAGUUUUGCCCGGUCAGCAUGAAAGAGAGGGAAGAUGGUGGUGGGAGGAUGCCAAAGCAAAGGAGUGUGGGCUUCACAAAGGAAAUUUGAAACAGGAUGAUGCUGCCCAGAAUGGUAAUGGAAAUGGAGUCGCCCAUGCAAAUGGCUCCGCAGCAGUUGCUGAUAUUUUCACUACCCAGAACGUGGUCAGCUUGAGCAGGGCUGGAAUUGAGAAUCUAGCUAAAUUGGAGGACCGAAAAGAACCUUGGAUUGUUGUGCUCUAUGCACCAUGGUGCCGCUUCUGUCAGGCUAUGGAGGAAUCAUACGUGAAUUUGGCAGAGAAUUUAGCAGGGUCAGGAGUGAAGGUUGGAAAAUUUAGAGCGGAUGGUGAUGAAAAAGAAUACGCAAAGAGUGAACUAGGGUUGGGAAGCUUCCCCACAAUACUCUUCUUCCCCAAACACUCUUCUCGGCCGAUUAAGUAUCCUUCAGAAAAGAGAGACGUUGAUUCAUUGUUGGCAUUUGUGAAUGCUUUAAAGUGAUGAUUAAUUGAGUAUUUUGCUCAAGGUUCCAUCACACGAUACAGGCAAUAAAAUUUAUCCACUGAUUUUGGCAAUUCACUGGAAUGUGGGAAUGACAGUUUUGGCAGCAAAACUAUGAUUCACAGCUUGGAGCAUCUCUGUAUAGGUUUAGAUAAUCUUCUUUACAAGUAAUUGUAAUAGUCAUUUUGAGGGGGGUUUGAUUUACUGUUUUUUUAGAGGAGUAGAGUUAUGGUUGUAUUAUGCUGCUUGUUUCAAUAAUAUAAAAUCUAGUUUUUGAGCCAUA